AUGUCGACGAAAUACGCAUUCCUAUCUUUGCCCCAGGGCGUCUUUGACACGAGCGAUCGCGAUGAUGCCAUUUCAUCACUGCGCGGGACCAUCUCCUCCGACAAUGGAUCCGUUUUGCCUUUCAACAUCCCCGAUUUCAAGAUCGGCACUCUCGAUGCUCUUGUGCAACAGGCAGAUGAGCUUACCAAGCUCGAAGCGUCAUGCCAGGCUGUUGUGUCCAAGGUCGCCGACUCUCUGAAGAAUGUGCUCGAGGGUGACGAAGAUCGUAUCGCCCAGUAUAAGAUGGUCAACGAUAAACCCACCGAUCAGUACGUGAGCACUUUCAGUUGGAACAAAAUCCGAUAUCGAGCCGACAAGUCCCUUGCAGAGCUGAUUAGUACUUUGCAAAAGGCGCCCAACGUUGAUACCGACGUUAAGACAAAGUUCAAUCAGUAUAACUCUGUCAAGACAAACCUUGCGGCUCUGCAGCGCCGCCAAACCGGCAACCUUUCUACCAAGUCCUUGACCCCCAUCGUCGACCCGAAACUUCUUGUCCAGGAUUCAGAGUACAUUGAGACACAUCUCAUUGUUGUCCCCGGUAAUGCAAAGAAGGAUUUCAUCAAGGAGUAUGAGACAAUAUCACCCAUGGUUGUGCCUCGCUCGGCUAUCGAGGUGGCCAAGGACGACGAGUUUGUUCUCUUUGCAGUGGCGACAUUUAAGAAACACAGCGCCGAGUUCCUCGCCAAGUGCCGAGAACAAAAGUGGACUCCCCGUCAGUACAAGUACGUUGAAGGCGGUCGACAAGAAGAGCAAAGGGAGCUCGAUCGAGUCACCAAUGAAGAGCGCAAGGUUUGUGGUGAGGCUCUGCGUAUGGGACGCACGGGAUGGAGCGAAAGUGUCAUGAUCUGGAUACAUGUUAUGACAUUGCGGGUCUUUGUUGAGGCAGUUCUUCGCUAUGGCCUGCCUCUGGACUACGUAUCGGUCUUGGUCAAGACUACAUCCAAGCUGGCGCCCAAGGUUAAGACUGCUCUGGACUCAAACUACUCGUUCCUCGGAGGCAAUGCUUUUGGACGAGACAAGCGAGGCAAGAUUACCAAGGACGACGCUGCGCUGAGCUCAGAGAUGGCAGCUGCUGGUUUUCAAACUGGCGAGGGACACGAAUACACGGCAUACGUAUACUACGAGAUAGAGUUUCCUUAG